AGACUCAGCGCGUUCGCAGCACAUUGUCCGGAGGAACGCAGCUGUGUGAGCCACUAACCGUCAGUCAGUCACCACCUGUCACCAUGAAGAGAGCUGUUGUGUUCGUUUUUAUCGCCUGCUGCGCUGUCUCAGCGUUAUCACUGGCUGAAAAUGAAAAGAGGCGCAAACCUUCUGCAACCGUGUCCCCUGCGGGUGAGUUUGGGGCCAGCUCCCCAAAUCCAAUUAUCACUGCCAAGUCUACAACCGAGUCUACAACGGCCGCCACCACCACGACAACUGAAGCCCCCAAGCCUACGACUACUAAACCCGCUCCCAAGCCUACGACUACACCCGCUCCCAAGCCUACGACUAAACCCACUCCCAAGCCUACGACUACACCCGCCCCCAAGCCUACGACUACUAAACCCGCUCCCAAGCCUACGACUACUACACCCGCUCCCAAGCCUACGACUACUAAACCCGCUCCCAAGCCUACGACUACUAAACCCGCUCCCAAGCCUACAACUAAACCCGCUCCCAAGCCUACGACUAAACCCGCUCCCAAGCCUACGACUACAACCCCUCCCAAGCCUACAACUAAACCCACCCCCAAGCCUACGCCUACACCCCCUAAACCUACUCCUGCUGUCAACUUGACUACGGGAACCUACAACCUGACACAAGAGAAAAAAGUUUGUCUUAUGGCUCAGAUGGCAGUGCAGAUCCGGCUGGUAACACCAAAGGCCAAUGGAACCUUCAUCAUUCAGCCAAAAGACACAGAAGCAAGGGGAUUUUGUCAAUCAACCAAGGCCAACCUUACCCUUGUGUUCAAGGAAGGUUAUAUCACCUUCAUGUUCAACAAGAGCACUGCUGAAAAUACUGCCUACGUUAAUGAUUUGUCUUUCCAACUGGCCUACCCCUUAGUCAAAGAUGCUGCAGGUACGGUUUACCGUGGCCAAAACAAGUCAGUGCAUCUCUUUGCUGCAAGGAUUGGACGCAGCUACUCCUGCAAAACUGAAUCCUUUCACAUGGGCAAUGGACUCUACCUGGAUUUCAAACAAGACAGGGUGCAGGGCUUCAAUGUGACCGCUAAUGAGUUUGGCGCAACUGACUUCUGUCCUGCUGACCAACCAGAUUACCGCGUUGCCAUUGCGGUGGGUGUGACGUUGCUGGUGCUCAUUGUCAUCGUGGUGAUUGCCUACCUGCUGGGCCGCAAGAAGAGGGCUGAUGGCUACCAGUCUCUGUAAAGUCACCCAGAGGUCACUCCCAUCAUAUACCAAAGUCAAUGAGGCUGUGAUCUUUCUCAGGGGCUAAAGGGCACUCCCACUGAAGCCUAACUUACCUGUUAUGUCUUGGUUUAUCAAUUUUACUUUAUUGACAGUGUUUUAACUAAAAACUUCCUAUGUAUGGAGGCUUCAGCAUGCCACUGGAAUAGGCUCGCAAUGUUACAAUGUUUUAUUAUAAUCAAAAAGUAAAGUUAUAUUUUUUUUAAAAGACAAAACUAACCCUUAAUCCUUCUAUUGUGUAUUUAAAUGCUGGAUUAAUAUUACAUUUUAAAAUGAAGUACAAAAAAUUAUUUUAAAAAGGUGAAUAAAUGUUUUAUUGUUACUUUUUUAUCUCAUUUAUAUAAGCGUACCUUUCAUAUUCAAUCUCACAAUUACGUUUCUCUGUAAUUCAAAGAUAUUAAUCAGUUAUCCAUCUAAUAGUUCAAUCCUAAAUCCCAGCUAUUAUGUGUCAGCAGGAAUCUGGCCAAUCAGGGCGCUCUCUGCUGGAACUGGAAACUGUAAAUGUUAAAACUGAAACAAAUGAAUUGUGAGAUGAAGUUUAUUAGAUACAUAAGAAAGUAAAAAUGUUAAAAGUUUUGUAUUUCAACUUUUUAUUUAUUCAGAAUUUAAAGACAGGUUAAGGAAAUAGAAUUUGUAAUUGGAUUAGUCUUUACUCUCUUACUUUAAGUGUCAGUUUGUAAUAGAUGUAUUAUUGUUAUUCCAGUGGCACACUUUAGACUCCAUACAUAUUGAAACACAUUGAAAAGCCAAUAUAAACCAUUUUUGAAACGUAUCAUGCCAAUAGCCGUUGAUGUUUUGCUGACAUACGGUCUUUAAAUGUCCAUUUUCUUGUAUUCAAAGUUUCAGGCAUAUGCCCACUUGAAUCAUCUUAUCAAAAGUGGACAAGCCUCUGAAACAGUAUUUCUAUAUUUUCACAUGAAAAAAUGCCAAGGCCAAUAAUGACACAUCAUAGAGACUGACAUCGUUAUGGAAUUCUUAUAUAAAAACUGACCUCAUUAGAAUCAGGUCGCGUUAUUCUUCCCCCAAAAGACAGCCAGUGUAAGUGGUCAGUACUGCAUUAGAUGUGUAUUUUUAUAUUCUAGUAUAAUCAGUCUAACCCUACAUAAUACUCUCGCUAAACUCUUGAGGUGAAAUAAACAGCAGUUGGAUUUUAUUAUCUUUUUCUAUUAAAACUAUAUGCAGCCUUUUUUCCUUUUUAAAUUCAUCAUGAAUUUAAUUUUAAUUUUCCUUCAUUGUUUAAGCAUGUUGCUUUGAAUGUUUUUUUGUUGUUUUUUUUAAGAAUCAAAUCAUCUCAUGCAUGCUGUCAGCUUAGUGGUUUUUAUUUUUACUGUUUCAGUAGAUGAGGAAAGCAGUCCAAUCACCAACUUUACUUGUAAUUAAAGAAGGUACCAAUUUACAUUAUUAAUCAGCACAAAGGGAAAUUAGGAGGAUGUUUUUAAGGGAUUAUAUUGCUACCUGUUCAACAUUAAUUGCACUGAUUGCUUUUUUUUUUUCGUACUAUGUGUAGCUGAUGCUGUGUAUUCAUAGAAAUGGGACAUACUGGUUAUGUGAGCCAGCCAUGAGUGGAGUCUGGACCUAAUUCGAUUUCUGAGGUUAUACAGUCAUUACAUCCCAGUAGUCUAUCCACCACCAAGCCUACUCUGUCACACUGUAGUGCCUUAUACCUGUAUAUGCUGAACUGACAAUGACAUACAGUAUACCACAUGAUCCUCAUUGGCAGAGGAAGUCCUUAAAGUUUUCAGAAUAAAAUGAAACUGACAAUUCAAUGACAACUGCUGAUGAAGAUCACUGGAAAUGGCAGAAUGGCAGUUUUUUUAUAAUCCUAAAUUCCUAUCAUCUUCAUCAUAAAGGGUCAGAGAUAUACACUCACCAGCCUCUUUAUUAGGUUCACCUGUGCAGUUUAAUUCAAUCCAAUACAACAGCUCUGCUAUAGAUUCUACAUUUAUUUAAGUUUAUACAUUUUCAGUUUUUGUUGACAUUGUCAAGAAGGUGAUACCUACCUUAUGUUUUUUAUUGAGGUUGCAGUGGAUGCUGGUGGUGAUGUACUGGAUUGCCCAUCACCAUCACCCACCACGACCUCAGUAAUAAACACAUAGUAGAAUUAUCACCUUCCUGAUAAUAUCAGCUAAAAAUGAAAAUGUAUAAACUUAUAAACAUAGAAUUUAUAGCAGAGCUGUUGUAUUGGAUUGCAUAAGAUUGCACAGGUGUACCUAAUGAAGUGGCCAAUGAAUGUAUUUUCUCCUUUACGUUUAGUGUUGUGAAGAUAUCUGCUUCUAAUUUGUGUGAGUAGAGUUCAGUUUGUGCUUCUCAAAUCAGUGAAAAAUGACAUCUGAAAAACUGAAGAGCUGCUUGUCUUUCUAGAAUCCACAUCUUGAUUACUCAGCAAUCCACAGAUACCUACCUAA